AUGUCGAAUUUAUCAAAGCUUGAGUUCGUGGUACUUGACAUUUCUGGAAAUAAUUACUUGUCAUGGUUACUCGAUGCUGAAAUUCACCUUGACGCUAAAGGUCUUGGUGCCACUAUUACCAAUGGUAAUACAGCGUCGAGUCAGGACAAAGCAAAGGCAAUGAUUUUCCUUCGUCAUUAUUUGGAUGAAGGAUUGAAGGUUGAAUACCUUACGGUGAAAGAUCCACUUGAAUUGUGGAUUGAUUUGAAGGAAAUGUGUGACCACCUUAAGCAAUACCAUGAAAGGGGAUUCAAAAAAUAUUCUAAGUUGAUCUCAUGUCUUCUUGUGGUUGAGCAACAUAAUACUCUUUUAUUGAAAAACCAUGAGGCCCAUCCCACGGGAACUGCUCCGUUACUAGAAGCAAACGAGGUUGAAGCACAUGGCCAGUCUGAAAGAAGACAAAAUAAAAAUCAGGACCAAAAUAAUGUGUGUGGACGUGACAAUGGCAGAGGACGAUAUAAUAAUCGUCGUGGUGGUGGUCGCCAUAAAAUGGAGAACAAUAUGGGUUCACAAAGAAAUCAUUUCAAGAGCCAAUUGUCAUCGUUGUCAUGA